AUGAAAUGUAGCGUUAAUUGUGUUAUUUUGCAAAACAUUAGAAUAAUGAAGGUGACUGGUCCACCAGACAUCACGGGUUGCUAUCCUUGUGAGCCCGAUCCCGAAAUGAAAAGGAUAAUCGACGAAUACCUCAUAGAACGCGACGAAGACGGUGCUCAGGAGGCGCUGGAAGCGGCGAAGAAGAAGCUAAGUAGUGUACCGAUAGCAGAGACAAAUGGCUCGAAAAAUGGGGCGAAAAGCACGAAAAAUGUUGGAGUUCAAUGUGAACUUCUGUCCGAUGAACAAAGCCUUCGAGGGCUGAUUGAUCAAUGUGCAAAGAUAAAUCCGGAUAACGCUGGGAAUUUCAAGAAAAUCGUUAAAAGCUGCGCCAGGUUUACUGAGAGUCUCUGGUUUCCCGUUCCCGAUGAUGCAUUAAGCGAUAUCAGUGAUAUUAGUACCUUCUCCGAUAACAGAAGGACUGAUUUGAAGAGAAAAGCUAGUGGACAUUUUGAGAGGGUGAAUGGCAUCGAUGAUGAAAAUUACGAUUGUUCCAAUAAAAAAUCAAAAAAACAAAAAAGUAUCGAUAAAGUUGUUAAAAAGAAAUCAAAGACAAAAGAUAAGAAAACUUCUAAAACUCCUACGAGACACGAGAAGCAAUCUGAAGAAACUUCGUUAAAGGAUCAUUCGAAAAGCGAUGGGAAGAUUAAAAAGUUUCGAAAAGACUUUGUAUUCUACUCUGAGAAAUACAUGCAGGAAAGUACAUCUCGCAGGAAUUCCCUUAAAUCUACUUGUAAUGGAGAAAUAAAUGUGAAAAAAUUGGCUAGAAGUUGGUGGAAGGUUGAUGUCUCCAAGGAAAGGCCUGAUAUAGAUAAGGAAAACGCUGGGAAUUUCAAGAAAAUCGUUAAAAGCUGCGCCAGGUUUACUGAGAGUCUCUCGUUUCCCGUUCCCGAUGAUGCAUUAAGCGAUAUCACUGAUAUUAGUACCUUCUCCGAUAACAGAAGGAAUGAUUUAAAGAGAAAAGCUAGUGGACAUUUUGAGAAGGUGAAUGGCAUCGAUGAUGAAAAUUAUUUUUAUUCCAAUAAAAAAUCAAAAAAACAAAAAAGUAUCGAUAAAGUUGUUAAAAAGAAAUCAAAGAAGAAGCAAUCUGAAGAAACUUCGUUAACGGAUCAUUCUAAAAGCGUUGGGAAGAUUAAAAAAUUUAGAAAAGACUUUGUAUUCCACUCUGAAAAAUACAUGCGGGAAAGUACAUCUCCGAGGAAUUCCCCCAAAUCUACUUCUGAUGGAGAAAUAAAUGUGAAAAAAUUGGCUAGAAAUUGGUGGAAGGUUGAUGUCUCCAAGGAAAGGCCGAAUAUCGAUAAGGAUGGAUUUCUUGAUCCGAACAAAGUCUUUUUGCAUCCAACUGAUGCUAGAAGAAAGGGCGCUAGAUCAUUGGGAAAUGAACAUGGAACAUAUCAAGAAGUAUCAACGUUUCGUUGUGAGAAGGGUUCAAAAUCUUUAGUAGAACGUAAGAAAAGACGACGGCUCUAUUCAGAGUCUGUAUGGCUGAACUCUGCUUCAUUUGAUGCAAUACUUCCCGAGUUAUAA